UCUGUGAUAUAUGACAUCCUCUAGGGUCCCCCAUAUGAGUGUAACACCGUCUGUUGAAAACAAUAUACUAUUUUUCUUUUCCUGAAGUGUGUAUAUACAUUUUUUUUUAGUGGACUCCAUACUUCAUGUUACGAGCCUUACUCCUUUUGAAUCCUGACUGACCCUGUUUACUCCAUACCUUAGCACAUUUGCCAGUAACUUCUCUAAUGUGCAAUUUGUUUUCGGUUUUAGUUCCUCAAGUAAAACUCUGGUUCCUGUUCUAGGACAAACAGAGCAUCUGUGCCUGAGACGCAUCCUCUGAUUCUCCUCUCGCUGGCCAGCCGCUCCCUCCGCAGACCGGGACCUUGGGGACAUUCCUCCAAAAUGACCACCCAGGAGGAGGCCUCCGAGGAGAAGAUUUCCCAGUUUGAUUAUGACUUGGCCCCAGAAAUGUCUUCUCUCCUGGGCAUAGAUGUCAUUCCGUUUAUAAAGGAACAAGAAGAACAAGAGCAGAGAGACCGAGCGAAAAUGAAGAAAGGCUUCAACUGCCAAAUGCGCAGUGAAGCCAGACGGCUGAAGACAUUUGUGACCUAUAAGCCGUACAGCUCGUGGACCCCGCAGGACAUGGCAGCAGCUGGCUUUUACUUCACUGGGGUGAAGUCCGGGGUUCAGUGCUUCUGCUGCAGCUUAAUCCUCUUUGGCACCAGCCUCGGGAAAUUCCCCGUGGAAAGCCACAAGAAGUUUCGUCCGGGCUGUGAGUUCCUUCUGGGUAGAGACGUGGGUAACAUCAGCAAGUACGACGUGCGGGUGAAGACUUCAGGAAAGGAGCCAGCAGCGAUUGGAGCAAGGAGCCUCGAGGAGGAGGCCAGACUCGCCUCCUUCCGGGACUGGCCCCUCUACGUCCAGGGCGUGGCCCCACGCGCUCUCGCGGCUUCCGGUUUCGUCUUCACAGGCGACAGGGACACUGUGCAGUGCUUUUCCUGCGGCGGAUGUUUAGGGAACUGGGAAGAAGGGGAUGAUCCCUGGCAGGAACAUGCCAAGUGGUUUCCCAAAUGUGAAUUUCUUCAAAGUAAGAAAUCUUCCGAGGAAAUUUCCCAGUAUAUUCAAAGCUACCAGGGAUUUGUUGAUGUAACGGGAGAACAUUUUGUGAAUUCCUGGGUCAGAAGAGAACUACCUGCGGCAUCAGCCUACGACAGUGACAGCAUCUUCACUAAUGAAGAACUUCGAUGGGACACUUUUAAGAACUGGCCUCGAGCAUCCCUGCCGACAGUGGAAGCCCUGGUCAAAGCAGGUCUCUCCUACAGAGGGGUAGAGGACCAGGUACAAUGCUUUUCCUGUGGAGGAUGUAUGAAGGCCUGGCAGGAAGGGGAUGACCCCUUAGCAGAUCAUACCAAAUACUUCUCCAGUUGUCCAUUUCUCCAAAAUAUGAAGUCCUCUGCAGAAGUGAUUCUAGACCUUCAGGGCUGUGGUGAACUUCCUGAAAUAAUGGAAACCACAAGUGAAAGCAAGCUUGAAGAUCCCACAGUAGUUAGUUCUUUAAUGCCAGAGGUGGCACAGGGGGAAGCCCCGUGGUUUCGAGAGGCGAAGAAUCUAAGUGAGCACCUGAGAGCCACCUAUACCAGUGCCCUUUUCCUUCACUUGCCAUUGCUUGAGGGCCCUCCUGAACUCCCCACUGACCACCUGCUGGGGUGUGACCUGCCCCUUGUUGCCAAGCGCUUCAGCAGUCCUGUGCAGGAGCCCCUGACGUUGCCUGAGGUCUUGGCCAACUUGAACUCUGUCAUGAGUGUGGAAGGCGAAGCUGGCAGUGGGAAGACGGUCCUCCUGAAAAAGAUCGCCUUCCUGUGGGCUUCGGGGUGCUGUCCCCUGUUGAACAGGUUCCAGUUGGUCUUCUACCUGUCCCUCAGUUCCACCAGCCCAGACCAGGGGCUGGCCCAGAUUAUCUGUGACCAACUCCUAGCGAAAGAAGGAGCUGUGAGUGAAACGAGCCUAAGGAGCAUCAUCCAGCAGUUAGGGAACCAAGUCUUAUUCCUGCUGGAUGACUAUAGAGCAAGGGGCUCAGCCCCCCAACUCAUAGAAACACUGAUCCAGAGAAGCCACUUGUCACGGACUUGCCGAUUAAUUGCUGUUCGUACAAACAGGGCCAGGGACAUCCGCAGACACCUAGAUACAGUUCUGGAGGUCAGGGCGUUUCCCUUUUACAACACCCUCUCUAUAUUAUGGCGGCUCUUUCCACAUGACCUGCCCCGGCUUCGGAAGCUCAUGGUGCAUUUUGGGAAGAACAUGCACCUGCUGGGGAUUCACAAAACGCCUCUCUUUGUGGAGGCAAUCUGUGCUUAUUGGUUUCGGUACCCAUUCACUCAGUCUUUUGACCAUAUGGCUGUUUUCAAGGCCUACAUGGAAUGCCUUUUCAUAAAGUACAAAACUCCAGACGAGCUUUUCAGAGCAACUGUGUCCUCCUGUGGGGAGCUGGCCCUGAAAGGGUUUUUUUCAUCUCAUUUCGAGUUUAGUGCUGACGACCUUGAAGAAGCAGGGGUUGAUGAAGAUGAGGAUCUCACCAUGUGCUUGAUGAGCAGGUUCACAGCCCAGAGACUAAGACCAGUCUAUAAGUUUUUAAAUCCUGCAUUUCAGGAAUUUCUUGCUGCAAAGAGGCUGAGUGAACUGCUGGAUUCAGACACGCAGGAAGAUCAAGAUUUGGGACUUUAUUAUUUGAAACAAAUUAACUCACCCAUGCUGGCCGUAAGCUCCUAUUAUAAUUUUUUAAAAUAUGUCUGCAGCUACUCUUCAACAAAGGUGGGGCCAAAUAUAGUAUCUCAUUUGCUUCAUUUGGCAGAUAGUAAAGAGUCAUUGGAAUAUCUGCCCAGAAAUGGUGACUCCUUAAAGCAUGAAGAGGAAAUGCCACUGGAUACACAGGCGAUCAGGCUACUGUGGCAGCUGUGUCCAGAACAGUGUUUUUUGCUGUUGUCAGAAUUUUUACUGGAUUUUGCCCUAAUGAUUGCAUAUGAAAGCAGUACUGUUGCUACAUGUGCUCCAUUUAUUUCCCAUUUCCUUCAAGGGAGAUCCCUGCCAUUGAAGGUACUUAACUCACAGUACUUCUUUGACUACCCUGAAAGCCUCCUAGUGCUGCGGAGUAUCACGAUCUCCAUAAAAGGCAGUAAGCUGAGAUGCAUAUCAGAUAAUAAAAUCCUGGAAAGAUGUUUUGACAGAUCCCAGGCACCAACAGUAGAUCAGGACUAUGCUUCUGCCUUUGAAACUCUCAACGAAUGGGCACAGGAUUUAGCAGAGAAAGAGAAGACCAUUAGCAGUUACCUAAAUCUAAAGGUCUGGCACCCACCAGACAUCAGUGGGGGCUACUGGAAGCUCUCUCCAAAGCCACACAAGCUUCCCCUACUGCAAGUCCACAUUGUUGAUGAGAGCACAGCAAGCCCCGAGGUGCUCGCAGUGCUGACCGAGGUCUUCUCUGCCUCCCAGCACAUUGAGCUCCUUCUGGAGGGCAGCAGUGGCUUCAUGGAAAACAUUCGCCCCGCACUGGAGCUGAACAAGGCCGCUGUCACCAAGUGCAUCCUGCAUGGUGUCCAGCUCAGCGCAGCCGAACAGGAGCUGCUGCUCGCCCUGCCGGCCCUGCAGUCUCUGGAUAUCUCAGGCUCGGUCCAGUUACAAGACCAAAUCUUCCCUAACCUGGACAAGCUCCCAUGCCUGAGAGAACUGUUUGUGAAUCUGGACAGCAGACUAGAUGUUUUCUCUCUCCUUCCUGAGGAAUUCGCAAACCUCCACCACAUGGAGAAAUUGCUGAUCCAAAUUUCGGCUGGGUGUGAUGCUUCCAAACUAGUCAAAUCGAUUCAGAAUUCUCCAAACCUUCGUAUUUUCCAUUUGAAAUGCUAUUCCUUUUCGGAUUUUGAGUCUCUCGUGACUACAUUGGCUUCCUGCAAGAAACUUGAAGAAAUAAAAUUUUCUGGACCCUUUUUUAAAGCCACUCCAUUUGUCACUAUUUUGCCAAAUUUUACUUUUCUGAAGAUAUUAAAUCUUGAACACCAGCAAUUUCCUGAUAAGGAAACAUCUGAAAAAUUUGCCUGCACUUUGGGCUCUCUCACCCACCUGGAAGAACUGGUCCUUCCUACUGGGGACGAGAUUUAUCACGUGGCGAAUCAGAUCAUCCAGCAGUGUCAGCAGCUCCUGUGCCUCCGAGUCCUCUCCUUUUUCCAGAUUCUGAAUGAUGACAGCGUGGUGGAAAUCGCCAAGGUAGCAAUCAGUGGAGGUUUCCAGAAACUUGAGGAUCUAAAUCUUUCAAUCAAUCACAGGAUUACACAGGAUGGAUACAGGAAUUUCUUUCAAGCACUGGACAACCUGCCGAGCUUGAGAGAGCUGAAUGUCUCCAGAAAUUUCACCGAGUGCAUCGUAGCUCAGGCCAGAACAGUCAAGGCCCUGGGCCAGUGUUUGUGCCGCUUGCCGAGCCUGCUCACACUCAACAUGUUCGGCUGGCUCCUGGAUGCAGAAGACAUCACCUUGCUUGAUGCUGUCAAAGAAAGGUGUCCUCAGUCUAAGCGCUUACAUAUUUUCUGGAAAUGGAGAUUACCAUUCUCACCAAUCAUUCAGAAAUAAAACUUUCAGCCUGGGCAUGGUGGGGCACUUGGAGGCUGAGAGUUCAAAGG